AUGGGCAACCGUCUUCAGAAGGAAGUGUUUGAGCGGUCACGGGGAGAAUCAAGUGAGUUGGUCUUUGAGAAGGUCAAGAUUGGAAGUGUGCCUCCGCUCGUCCUUGCUGCAUGUAAGAUCACCGUCAACGGAUGCAACAUCACUGAGCUGCCCGAGUUUGGGUUCGAGGAUGUGGCGAGUACGCUCAUCUCGCUCCACGCAGAGCGAAACAAGCUGCGGGUUCUACCGCCGGCUAUGGGCGCACUAACGGCGCUUGUCUCGCUCAACCUGUUCCGCAACAAGAUCACGUCGCUCCCAGAUGAACUGUUUAACUGUGUCUCGCUCCGCAAGCUCAUUCUCCACAAGAAUGCCCUGACUGAAAUCCCGCCGGGUAUUGGCCGGCUCUCCAAGCUCAAGUUCAUCUUCAUUGGUGGAAACAAGAUCCGCGAGCUUCCGACUGAGCUGUUUGCCAUUCCCAGCCUGAUCGAGGUCCACGCCCAAGAGAACGCGCUUACUGAGCUUCCGGAAGGGAUUGGCUCUGCUUCCCACUUGCGGAUUCUCAACGUGCGCAACAACAAGAUUACAAGUCUCCCGAACAGCAUCGGGAGUUUGAUCGCGCUGCAGCAGCUAUCAGUGUGGGGCAACAAGCUGGCCGCCAUUCCGGACUCGAUCGAGGGCUGCAUGGCACUUACCUCUCUUGUGGCCCAUCGCAAUGUGCUGACUGACCUGCCGUAUGGCCUCAUCUUCUGCACUUUUCUGGACGAGGUCUCUAUCAGCUCAAACGCGUUCUCCGGCGAGAGAAAGGUAUGGCCCAAGCUCUCUGUUGCGGAGCUCAAAGCCGCCAUCGCUGGGCCUUGUUGGGAGGACGCGGUCGCUGCCCGCACAGCCUCUAUGCAGCCCGCGGCGAUGGAAGCAUCGCCUGCAAUUGUUGCUGGUGCGCCGUCGUCACCAUCAUCGUCCUCGUCGUCCAGCUCUUCACCACCAGCUUCACCGUCGGCAACUACCGCACCAACUGAAGCAUACCCCGAGCCCGCGGCGCUUAAGUUUGAUCUCGCCGACCACGAGUCGAAUCCGUCCAUCCCUCCUCCGGUUGUGGUUAUGUCGGCGCCAUCGUCCGAUGACGACAAUGAGACCACAACGAAGCCGGCGAAGACCAAGAGCCGCGGCCCGCCGCGGCCCAAGUCAUGGGCAUCGCCGGGUGGUGGCGAUUUGACGUCCGAGGCUAAAAUGCAGCUGGCGGAGCGGCUGCUGUCGAUGGCGCCAGACGACGGGCUCUUCACCAUGACUCGCAACAAGCUCAACGCUAUCCAGCAUCUACGUAAGACCGUCGAAGUCCACCAUUGGCUGGUGGCGAUGUUAGGCGUGCCGCUCAGCUCGGACGACCUGUGGAUCGAGCUCCGUGAUGGCAUCAAGCUCUGCCAGAUCGGCAACAAGCUGCUGCCAGGUGCGUGCCGGGUUCUUGACGACUCGCAUCCAUUCCACCAGCGCGACAACACAGCGUCAUUUCUACGCUUUGCACGGGCGUUCGGCAUGGAUCCGAUGCGCCUGUUUGAGGUCAACGACCUUUACCAGCGUCGCAACGUCGUCGCUGUCGUCGAUGUCCUUCACGAGCUUGCGCAGAAGGCUCACGAGAAGGGCGAUGGCCCGGUGGUCGAGCAGACCAUUCCACUCUCGGCGUACACGCCGGCACAGAUUGCGCUCGCGGUGGCGCAGCUCUCGUCACGUGAGGACCAGGCGGUCCGCAAGGCGACGCUGCGGAUGUCGUCGGGUAAGAAGGCGAAGAAGAAGGCCAAGGCCAAGGCCGAGGCUGAGCCCGAGGCCAAGGCUGAGGCUGCGCUGCCCGAGGGACUUGUCGCACCGGACGAGCUCGAGUUUGCCCAGUCACUCGACGCCGCGAUGCUCAAUCUUCUCGAGGAGCACACCCAUACCAAGCUCGACGAGCUUGUCGAGACUGCGCUUGCCCCACCGCCCGAGACGCCGCCGCCCGAGCUCGCAGAUGCCGAGAGCAAUGAGGCCGAUACCAGCGAUGUUGCUGCGACGGCAGCGAAGCCUAAGUCGCGGUCCGAGGUCCUCGUCGAGACGCAUACCUGCGAGCUGGAGACGCUACUUGCCGACGUCGACAACCUGCUCGCCGGACUGUGAGCUGUGUUCAUUGGUACUCCUGCCAAGCCCGAGCCAGGUUGCCGAGGUAUGUGGCAAGGACCUUACGGUAGUUCUUAAGAUGAGUGACGUUCAUCUCCUCGAUGGGCUGCUCGAUGAGCUCGGAGAGGUGCUCGGUCUUCGUCUCGAGGCUUUCUUGCUGGUCCUCGAACAUGGUGCGGAGCUGCGAGUCCUCAGGCAUGUAGUAGGCAUGGGCGUAGGACCACUUGAGAACUUGGCGGGCCUGGAUGACGAGCUCGGCGGCUU